GGACGAGGGAGGGGGAUUCAAAGUGAUGAUUUUCUUGCCUACAUGCAAUGGCGUUUCCGAGUUUAUGCUGCGGAUUUUAUCUAAGAACGGCCUUCUGAUCUGGAUCUGUUUUUCGACAUUGUUAUUCGCGCGAUGGGUAUUUGAGGGGGAUCAUGUGGCUGACAAGGGGGGUUAUUAGGUGAUCGGAUACUACUGCUACGGCCACUGCUACUACUACUACGACAAUAACAAUAACCGGCGGCUGCCAGGGUGGAAAAGAAAGGACCAGAUCCACACAUACCAUGUCCUUCAAAAUGCUCUACUUCGCCGCCGCAGCCGACUACGCCAAGUGUGCGGCCGAACUGCUGCCCGCGCCGUGCACGGUGAAGGAGCUGUUUGCGCUGCUGGACAAGAAAUACCCCGGCAUGGCGGACGUCCUCGAAAGCAGCAUGCUCACGGUUAACCUUGAGUAUGUCGAUUUGCUCGAUGAGCAUGGGGCGCAAGGCGCCACGGUCAUUAAGGAGGGCGAUGAGGUCGCCGUUAUUCCGCCCGUUAGUGCGGGGUAAAUGAAUGAUGAUUAUUAUUAUACGUGGAGACAAUGGUGUGUGUUGUGCUUGAUGUGAUGUGAUGGGGGAGCCGCGAGAAAUUGGCAUUGUACUCUACUAUCGUGGAUGUCGUCGCUGUGAUCACGGCGUCCAAAGACAAACCUGCUCGUUUGAACAUACGAUACUUCAAAAUGCCCAUAUGUUUCGUCACAAGCAGG